AUGUCGGACAAAAUGGCGGCGGCCGCUGCUUCUCCUCAGCCGCAGCCGGGCCCCGGCCCGCCGGCCCUGGAGGCCGAGAGCGGCCUCCCCCGCGGCGGUGGAGGCGGUGGGGUGGAUGGGGAGGCUGAAGCGGAGGAGUUCGGGUGUCCGGCUCACUGCUCCGACCUGGCUUGGCGGCAGAACGAGCAGCGUCGGCACGGCCUGUUCUGCGACAUCACUCUGGCGUUUGGCGGCGGGCGGCUCGGGGCGGCCCGCGAGUACCGGGCUCACCGCUCCGUCCUGGCCGCCGCCACCGAGUACUUCACUCCUCUGCUGUCGGGGGACUUCGCGGAAUCGCGUUCGGGACGUGUGGAGCUGCAGAAGUGGAGCUCGGAGAGCGGUCCCGACCCCGACACGGUGGAGGCCGUCAUCGGCUUCAUGUACACCGGCACCAUCCGCGUUAGCCCUGGCAACGUGCACGAGGUGCUGGAGAUGGCGGACAGGUUUCUGCUGACGCGGUUAAAAGAGUUCUGUGGAGAGUUUCUGAAGAAGAAGCUCAACCUCUCCAACUGCGUCGCGGUUCACAGCUUGGCCCACAUGUAUUCCUUGAAUCAGCUGGCCCUCAAAGCUCAGGAUAUGAUCAGGAGAAACUUCCACAAAGUUAUCCAGGACGAGGAGUUCUACACUUUGCCCUUUCACCUCAUCAGAGAUUGGCUCUCGGACUCGGAGAUCACGGUGGACUCUGAAGAAAUCCUCUUUGAGACAGUUUUGAAGUGGGUUCAGAAAAACCCCGAGGAGAGAGAGAAGUACUUUGAAGAUCUCUUUAAGCUGCUUCGAUUGUCCCAGAUGAAACCCACUUACCUUACUCGCCACGUCAAAUCUGAAAUGCUGGUAUCAAGCAAUGAAGCCUGCGUUAAAUUAGUGUCUGAAGCUGUGGAGAGUCAUGCCUUGAGGUCUGAGAACCUACAGUCUGGUAACCUACAACAUUCCACUUGUCCCGUAGCAUUGUUGCCACGUUUUGGACAAAACAUGGACGUCAUUAUGGUGAUUGGUGGUGUGUCGGAGGGAGGAGAUUACUUGAGUGAGUGCGUAGGAUAUUUCAUCGAUGAGGAUAGGUGGGUAAACUUACCACACAUACAUAAUCACCUUGAUGGGCACGCUGUUGCUGUGACAGAGUCUUAUGUUUAUGUGGCAGGCUCCAUGGAGCCAGGGUUUGCCAAGACUGUAGAAAGAUACAACCCAAACAGAAAUAUUUGGGAGCAGGUUUCAAAUCUGAUAACCAGAAAGCAUUCUUUUGGCCUUACUGAGGUUAAAGGGAACUUGUACAGUAUUGGUGGACAUGGCAAUUUCAGUCCUGGCUUCAAAGAUGUGGCCAUUUAUAAUCCUGAGCACGACAAAUGGCUUAACCUGGAGUCGGCACCAAAGAUUCUUCGUGAUGUCAAAGCUGUCUCUGUAGAAGACCGGUUUGUUUAUGUUGCUGCUCGUACCCCGGUUGACAGUGACAGUGAGGAUGGGUUGAGGGCAGUUAUUAUCAGAUACGAUGCUGAAACGAGGCAGUGGCAGGACGUAGAGUCUCUGCCCCUCAUCGAUAACUAUUGCUCUUUUCAGAUGUCUGUUGCUAACACAAACUUCUACCACACAGCAUCGUGCUGCCCCAAGAGUUACCCCAUAGAUAACGAGGAAGCCACGGUAAAGAUCUCUGGCAGGGCCUCGGAUGAAAUACUUGAAAGCUUACCCCCAGAGGUGCUUAGCAUUGAAGGAGCAGCUAUUUGUUAUUACAAAGAUGAUGUUUUUAUCAUUGGGGGGUGGAAGAACAGCGAUGAUAUAGACAAGCAGUACAGGAAAGAGGCCUAUCGUUACUGUGCUGAGAGGAAGCGCUGGAUGCUUUUGCCUCCUAUGCCUCAGCCUCGCUGCAGGGCCACAGCCUGCCACGUGAGAAUUCCUUUCAGGUGCUUGCAGGGAACGCAAAGAUACCCCAUGCCACAAAACUUGAUGUGGCAGAAAGAUAGAAUAAGGCAAAUGCAAGAAAGGCAGAUGCAGGAAAUACACCGACACUCCCUGAGCUUACGGAGAAUGCCGCGCUCGCAGAUCGAGUGCUGAGCUUCUGAAAUGCCUCGUGAAUCUAGGAGGCAAAGUGCUAAACCACUUCCUUAGGCUCGAUAUGUCUUUAUAAGACACAAGGGCGUGGUUUGGAUUCAGUGCAUAAAAACAGCGGGUUUUAGGUAUUUAAGAUGGUCAGAAGUCGAGGGUGGAUGGGAAUCGAGAAACUGUGUGAGUCUGACAGUAUUAUUUCAUGGUGCCCACGGAAGAACUGUAUCCUGAAAUGGGCCGAGAAAUGUUACUUCUCUCUUCAGAUCUUUGCUUUCAUGGGGUUCUGUAGAGUUACUCUCUAACAGCUCUAUUAUGAAAAUCAAAGGUCUCUAUCUUAAUAAUUUAGUGGUUACAUUUGUGUGUGCUCGACAGCACCCGUUUUAUUUGCACUUAAUAGAUUGACAUUCCUUUGGUCCUCUCCUCCUCAGUGACUAAACUCCACAUGUUAUUGGUGUUAGUGUACUUAGCUUUCCCAAGUUGGAGGCGAGUGCAAUAGUUGUACCUGUAUAUGAAAAGCACAAUCUUUCCUUAUAAAGUGACUUCAGGAUGUUUCUAUGUGUAUUAAAUAUUUUGUAUCUGUGUGUUGUAGAGAGGCUGCAGAGUCCGUUUAUAAACGGAUGGCUGGAGGAACACAAGACACUUGCUAAGACAGAGAACUUGAGGUAGCAGAUUUUUUUUCAGUUGUGUCAGAAGAUUCUCUGAGUUUGUCAUCAGCAGCUUCAUUAGAAACUUGGGUCAGCAACCAGCCUGAUGAAAGGAGUGAAAACCAGCAAAGUAGCCACCCACCAACAGUGACUGUUCACUUCUGGCAGUGUGGAUUAGUAAGAACGAGAUUAUUUCUCAGUAAUAGGUUGAAACCUGACUUGUAGACCCUUUCCCAAAUAUUGCACAUGUUUUAAUUCUAGUGAAAAAGUGAUGAGAACAACCCCCACAAGCCUGUUUCCAACCUGACUUUGACAAUCAGUACCCUUUGCCUUGGGUGUGCUUUCCUGAGAAACUUCUAGUAGCUGUGCUGCAGCGCUCCUUAACAAUUCAGCACUUGGUGUAUUCCUCCUGAAAGGAGAUAGCUGAUGUUUCAGGGUCUCAAAGCAUUUGAAUUUCCCCACCUAAGGUACAAUUUAAGCUAAUUUAAAUGCUUUUUGGUGUUUUGAGGUGGUUUUACACAGACCAAUGCCCCAGUUGGCUUUGGUUUGCUUCCUGCUAUGCUCCCAAGGAACAGAAUGUGGAAUCUUUCCUUUGGAGUAUCAUUGCCACUCAGUUCACUGUCUUGCCACACACUCCUCCUCCCUGUUACUCCAGCAGGGUUUAGGUUAUGAACAGAUUUGAGUACCUCCUUUUCUUCCCCAUCCUUCCCUUCAUUUGAAUGUUCCAGUUUUUCAUGUGCAGCCUAACUCAGGAUCUUAGGGAAGGGAAAGGGAGGAGUAACCAGGGUGUUCCACAACUUACACAGAUAAAUGUUGGAGAAUCUGUUUACUAUCUUGGGUUAAUGUGAUAGUUUGCUGGUGUUCUUGAUAUGGGCAACUUCUUUGCAAAAGAACUUCUCAACAGUUUGGAGUUUUUGUUUUGUUGUGGUUUGACUUUUUUUAAUUGUUUAGCUUUCUGAGCUGAUACUUCUCAUUUUCUAAUUCAGCAGGCAACCUAGAUCAUAUCUGAAACACUGGGUAAGUCUUUCAACCAUGUAGUGUAUAAAGGUUUCUCUGAUGUGUAUGUUGCUUAAUGCUCCACUUUGCAGUUCACUUGCCGCUUUUUGUAUCAGUAACUUGUCUUUUUGUAACAGAAGAAUAUAGCCUUGUUUUAAAACAACACAAACCCCACUAUUGACAAACAAACCUUGAAACUCUUAACAGCUUAGUCUCAAUUUGUAUUCUGUUUGCCUGUUGGAUUGCUGUGCAAGGGCAGAUUAAAUUGUAUGAUGUUGGCCCAAUGCAAGAGAGGAAGUGGGUGAUCUUGUUCAGGUUUAAGGCUGAUGUUCAGAAGUGACUGUUACCAAACAGGCUCAUGCAGGCCUGUAAGUGAGAGGUUUGUUAGUGGAGUUUGGCCCAUGAACCCUUGCAGACUUGGCUGGAGCAGAGUAAGCAUCACUACAGCAGAGUUUGGGAGUAGAAGUGUGAAAAUGCCUCACAGCUUUAGUACUAAAUCUGUUGAUACAGUUUAGACUUGUGGGAGCUGAUUUUAAGAUACUUCACCAGAGGCAGCUGAGAAGAUUUUGCAUCCUCCAUCCCUCUGACUUUGCUAUAGGGAUUUACUGGGCAGUUAAGGGCAAUAGUACCACCACAGCUCUGUCAGAGCCCUCUUGUAGCCUGUCAGCAAAUAGGGACAGUUUGUAGGGAGAAACACCAAGAUGAUUAUUCCAGUUGGAACAUGAACUAAAUAGCUUAACGUGUGGCAGCAUGUAGCAAAGUUAGACACGAGAACAAACUUAUUGCAGUCUUCCUAAGCAGAAUUGAUCCUGUACUUACCAUGAGAACUUCUGCUAUACAAGCUCUGUAGUUUACUAAAGACAUUCCACACCACAACAACGUCAGAGGCGUGUGUUGUCUGGCCAGCUUAACUUGGGAAUGCCAGCCAGUGUGGUAUGCACUGUGUCUCCAUAUGCUGUUUGCAUGGGGACUGAUGGGCACUGCUCUUUUGUUAUGCCAGUUCUGUGGAGUGUUUAAGUAGUUACUUUGGGGUUUUUUGAGCCUUGAGGUUUUAAGUGGACCAAUUGCAUUGCACAUGGUUUGUAACUGACGAGUCUUAACUAUCCAUAGUAUGACACAUGUAGGUGUUUAGAAGAAUUGCAAUGUUGACUCUGGCUGUAGUUUAGCCCACUAACCUGUGAAAUGCAUAUCAAAUUCCUCGUGGCCCUUGACUGCCACAGCUUGCUGAGUGUUUAUAAAAAUCCCAUAAACAAAAUCCUGGGAGUUCUUUUCAGCAUGUUUACAGUGGCUGGUGAAUUGUCAGUAAGAUCCUAGUGUGUGCUCAGUAAGUGUUGGAAGGCUGACUUCUGGCCUUCCUAAGGUAAGGGAACAUCAGGUGGAGGUUUUUCCUCCUCCUGAUGACAAUCACACCGCUGUACCUGUACUGAAUACCUGCCACAAAGUGCAUGUUUCCUGUCCUGUCUUUCUGUUAGUGGAAUAGGACGCAUCCUGCCUGGCGCUCAGCGGUCGCUGUAGUCAUUUCUUGGUGCCAUAUGUGUACAAUACUAUUUUCUAGCUGCCUGAAUACUCUUGUUAGUAUGUUUAGUUUCUGUGUGUCUUUUAACUCUUUUGCACAUGGUAGGGUACCACUCCAGAAGUCAAAAGAGACCGUGCCAUCUUUUUAGCAUGCGUUAUAUCUACACCAAGCGUUCUGCUCUCCUGUUUCAAUAUGAAUUUUCUCCACUGCAGUAAGUGUUAAAGUCAGAACAAUUGGCUCGAGACCUAAAGUGGAAGUCUGACAAAACAGGUGCUGAGGAUGUAACCCUGUUACUAAUAUGAAUGUAAAGCAUGGAACUAACGAGGUGCUUGAAGACCACUAAUAGAUACUCCUCGUAGGUCCAUGUCUCUGUGGAUCACAGCAGCUGCACUCUCCUGUCAAUAGUAAUGUAGCCUUCAGCAGAUUGCUUUGGGGAAGCAGCACGCCUGUCCUUAACUCCCAGUAAGGUAAAGUAGUACGUGUGUAUAGGACAUUUAAAACAAACCCUACUGGAAUGUUCUUCACCUUAAAUACACUGUACUAAAGUCUAUUGUAAGGAUUGAAUUGAUGAAAAUAAACCUUUUAUUUCUCUAGUA